AUGCUUCUCAGCUUUAAACAGGAUCUCAAGGAUCCCUCUGGAAGGCUUUCUUCUUGGGUGGGUCGCGAUUGCUGUCAAUGGCAAGGGAUUUCAUGCAACAACCGCAACGGUCAUGUGGCCAAGCUGAACCUCCGAAAUCCAUAUCCAUAUGUCAGGUAUGAUGAAGAGUGGGACGCGUUGGCUUAUAACCAGUCUUGCUUGGGGGGUAAGAUAAAUCCUUCUUUGCUUAGCUUGAAAUAUUUAAACUAUCUGGAUCUAAGAUACAAUGAUUUUGAUGGGAUUCACAUUCCUAAGUUCUUUGGGGAGCUUAAGAGUCUGAGGUAUCUCAAUAUAUCCUCUACAUCAUUUUCAGGAGAGAUUCCCCAUUCUCUGGGUAACUUAUCAGAAUUGAACUAUCUUGAUAUUGAGCUCUCCUUUUCUAAUUAUGUUCCCUCAUUAGAAAUGCAUUCCAAAAACUUGAAUUGGCUUUCUCAUCUCUCUUCCCUAAAAUACCUCAAUCUCAAUGGAGUGAAUCUUAGCGGCACAGGAGUUACAAAUUGGCUGCAUCAUGUUAACAUGCUUCCUUCCUUACUGGAGUUACACUUACUUGAUUGCUUCAUUGAAAGCCUUCCACUAUCAGUACAGAAGAUUAACUUCACCUCUCUUUCGGUCCUUGAUAUGUCAUAUAAUUACUUCAAUACUUCUUCAUUUCCCAGCUGGCUUUUCAAUCUUACCAGCCUCAGAAAACUUGUUCUAAAUGAGAAUUCUUUCGGUGGUCUUUUUCCCGAUAAACUUGCAAGCCUCAAAUCUCUGGAAUACCUAGAUUUAACUGAGUUGGGCCUCAAAGGUCGAAUUCCCAGAGUCAUUGGAAAUAUGUGCAAGCUAAAGUUUUUAAGUCUUAGUAGGAACGAUUUUUAUGGUGAGAAAAUUGAAGAGUUUUUGAGGAGUUUGUCAAAUUAUCCAAAUCAUACAAUAGCAUUAGAAUCACUAGAUUUGUCAUCGUAUGCUGGAAGGCCAACUGCCAGCCUCCAUAGGAAACUUGUUAUCCUUGAAAACAUUGGACCUAUCUAGUAAUAAUAUGAACGGCUCCAUUCCAGAAAGUUUGGGAAAACUCUCCGAACUUGUUGAACUAUAUCUUUAUUCGAAUUCAUGGGAAGGCAUUCUAAAGGAAGCCCAUUUUAUAAAUCUCACCAGAUUAAAAGCUCUUUCAAUAUCCACGGAUCCAAUAGAGAAGCCCAUGUCCCUCAACGUGGCUUAUGAUUGGGUUGCCCCUUUCAAGCUCCAUAGACUUCUCAUUAGAUACUGCAGAGUGGGUCCUGGUUUUUGGAAAUUGAUUCAAUCUCAGACUGAACUAUUAGAUGUCACCCUUCAGAAUACUUCCAUCUCGGAUUCCAUGCCAAAGGAAUGGUUGUCGAAGAUAUCUUCUCAAGUCCAAAAUUUGGAUUUAUCUUACAACAACUUCAGUGGAAGGCUUCCAUUACAAUUGAAGUUUCCAAAGCUACAGUCUUUCGAUUUGGGUCAUAAUCAAUUGGAAGGCCCACUUCCACUUUGGCUCACUAAUGUCUACUACCUUGAUUUUCAAAGCAAUUUAUUUUCCGGGCCAAUUCCCUCCAAUUUAGGCCAAUUGAUGCCCAAAUUGAGAUAUCUGGAUGUUUCUGAGAAUCGUUUGAAUGGUACUAUUCCACUCUCUAUUUGCAACACGAAGGAUAUGGAAGUAAUUUCGCUAAGAAACAAUCAACUAUUUGGAGAGUUCCCUCAACGGUGGAGUUGGUGGAGUAAAAUAAGAAUUAUUGAUGUCUCACACAACAAUCUUUCUGGUAAUAUUCCGAGUUCAAUGGGUUUCCCAAGUUCUCUUAAAAAAUUUAAGGUGAAUAAUAAUAAUUUUAGUGGUGAGAUUCCUUUUUCCUUACAAAAUUGCACUUCUUUGCUCUUACUUAAUCUUGGAGGCAACAAAUUCAUUGGAAACCUACCUUUAUGGAUUGGAUCAAACGUAUCCACCUUGGAAGUGUUACAACUGCAAUCCAACCUUUUAAGCGGGCAUAUCCCCACCAUUUCUGCAAUCUUCCACACCUUCACGUCUUAGACCUUGCUCACAACAACUUUUCAGGUACCAUUCCUAAGUGUUUGAAAAAUAUGACUUGUCUAGUCGAAGUUAAUGAUGCAUGCCAGAAUUUCACCUAGUAUGCGGGAUAUCUUGGAAAAAGUGCAAUAACGUUAAAAGGGAAAGAGCUCGAAUAUGAUGAUGGAAACUUAGCCUUGUGGGGAAAUUUGAUUGAUCUUUCGUCAAACAAUUUUGAAGGUGAAAUCCCUGAACAAGUAGGCAGUCUGGUUGAAUUGAGUACGUUGAACUUGUCGAUGAAUCAAUUAACUGGAGAGAUUCCUUCAAGCAUUGGAAAAUUACGUUGGCUUGAAACUCUUGAACUCUCACACAACCAGCUUUCAGGACAUAUCCCUCAAAACUUUUCUUCUUUAACCUCCCUAUCUCACUUGAACUUAUCUUACAACAACUUGAUUGGA